UACUCCAGUGUGUAUAAUCAGGAAGUAAAUAAACAUUUCAACGGGAAGAAUUCAUAUCUAUAUAGAUAUUAAGGCAAGUGCCCAGUAUUUAUAAGAUUAGCAGUAUCUCAUUUUAGAUUGAACCAGACAUCGACUGAAUGUAAAAAUGAUCAUAUUUUGGUGUUGUUCGAUUCUUUUGCUAUCCGAUGUGAUCGCUGCUGAUUUAAGUACUUGUUAUUCUGAAUAUUCUAAAAUAAUAUGCUCAUGCGACCAUCAUCAAAUGAUUUGUUCGAAUCAUGGUGACAAACUUGAAUUUAUUCCGAUGGUUCCGAAUAAUAUCAAAAUGCUUACAUUUACAAACAAUACCCUGAAUCACGUGACUGAAAUGACUUUUCUUAAUAUGACAAAAAGUAAGAUAACACAUCUUAUUCUUGCUGGGAAUAAAGUACGGUAUAUCUCGAGGAACUCUUUCAGAGAAUUUACCUCUCUCGCCUUUCUGGAUCUAAGUUAUAAUGUUAUUCCAGAAUAUGUACAAAUUUCUCUCAGUAAUUUGCGUUUUGGAGAGAAUGGUUCAUUGAUACUAAAUCACAUGAACAUUACAGAAACCAAAAUGGAUGAACUGUUUCGUUAUCUGGAUAAAAAACGAAUACAAACACUGUCUUUGGCCUACAAUAAUUUAAUGUACAUCGAUAGUUGCGAUUGGGUGAAUUUUCCGACUUUGACAACUCUAAAUAUAACCGGGAAUAAAUUAAGGAAUAUUACAUUCAAAUGCCAAACGAAAGUCGAAAUCAUACACGCAGACUUCAACAACUUAGUGACUUUUCCAAAUUUUUGUCUUGAUGGCGAUAACUCCACUGAUUUUAAUCAUACAUCUGUUCCCAAUUUAAUACAUUUUUCUGCUUCCAAUAACAUAAUAGAAGAGAUGCCUCCAAAUGUAUUGAUUUGUACGGACGACUUACGUGAAUUAUUUAUUACAAAAAAUUCAUUUCAUGAGAUUGAACUCCAAAGUUUCUAUCAGUUACAUACUCUAGAGAUAUCUAGUAUUUUCAGAUAUUACCAAAUUAAUAAACCUCGUUCACAGUCACAAUUUUUAACGGCAUCCAUCGAGCAUCUGAUGAUACAUAAUCUAUCGUUUAGAGUAGUUCCCACAGAUUUAGAAAUCUUUAAAGGACUUCAACAUCUAAAGAGUCUUGACCUGUCAUAUUCCGAUCUGCCGUUUAGCCCUAUGGCAUCUAAAAUACUCUUCAAAUCGUUGUCAAAUUUAACAAAGUUGACAUUACAGAAUGUAGGAUGGAAAAAUAUGCCUUAUAAUAUUUUUCACAUGCUUCCGUACUUAGAAACUCUAGAUCUAAGCAAUAACGAAAUAAACUAUUUAAACUGGAGUCACUUUAAAUAUCCUAAAUAUCUCAUAGAAAUCAACUUAAGCAACAACAGAAUUUUUCUAAAUGGUAAAAUAACAAUUCCGUCUUCGGUUUUAUCUUUGAAAUCUUUAGAUAUUUCAAACAAUAGCAUAUACUGUACUUGUGAUAGUCUUUCAUUUUUCGAAGAACUAGCAUUACAUAAUGUGACGAUCAAACAUUACCCUGAAGCAUAUAUCUGUACAAGUCCGAUAAACAUGGCUGGCAAAUCGAUCGCCGAUGUUCAAUGCAAACAACAAUUGGAAAUUAUAGUCUAUACAAUUAUAAUGACUGUUCUAUUCGUAAGUGCUUUUGUCAUCAUUGCAUAUAAGUACAGAUAUCGCAUUCGAUAUUUGAUUCAUAUCUCGAGAUCAAGACGUUCUUGGAAAAUUCGAAAACAGACAGCACAACCACUUGUAUUUGAUGGUUUUGUUAUUUAUAGCGAACCAGAUAAGAACUGGUUGUAUAAUAAUCUUUUACCAUUUCUUGAAAAACAGCAUGGAUAUAAAUUAUGCAUUCAUGAUAGAGACUUUCAGUAUGGAAGACUUAUUGUAGACAAUAUUGUAGAAAAUAUGAAGAACAGUAGAAAAAUAGUACUUAUCCUUUCAGAGAGUUUUGCAGAGAGUAAAUGGUGCCAAUUUGAAGUUCUUUUGGCUCAUGAAAGAUUUUUGGAACAAGGUCCUGAUUCUUUGAUCAGUAUUAAACUAGAAGAAAUUACUACAUUUCUAAUGACAAACACAUUAGAAACGCUGAUCAAAUUUGCCACACAUGCAGUUUGGUCAGAUCACAACAAGGAGGAAUUUUAUGUACGAAUACUCGAUUGCUUUCAAGAAAAAAAAGAUUUUUUUGAUAGAAACAAUAGCAGUAGGAGCCAGCUUCAAAACUUACCGAGUCAUGCAAAGAAAACUAAAGAGGAAGAGAAAAGUAAUAUGAAUGUAUCUGAAAAAUUUGAACAAAAUGAAAUUCGAUGUAUGUUAUUUAAAAUUUGUAGUAAUGUUAAUCAUAUGAGCGAAACACUUUAUAACCGUAUGGACGCCCUCGAAGAGUCAGUAAAAAGUGAUAUUACCUUUCUGAAAAACAAAGUACACAAAUUAGAAACGAGUAUUGCGUCACUGCAAGGUAAUAUUUCAGACUCAUAAAGUACUUUCAUAUAAUGUUAAUUUUUACUUUUGUUUACAUCAGAACAAACCUAACGUUUUCAUCCAUCAAGUGGCCAGUGUUAUACCUCUUCUUGACACAUUUAGUUAUGACGAUUAAGGUUAUAUAUAAUGUUGGUUUUUUUUUAAAUUAGGAUUCAUUAUUAUUAUAUUUUCAUAAUUUAGAAUUGGACAAUGAUUUUUAUUAUAGUUUAUAUUAACAAA